AUGUAUCACCCGACGGAUCUGUACUCAGGCCGUAACACAUGGGACUCCUACCCUGCUGGAGGACCUAACAGAGGACAGUGGCCUUCUGUAAACAGUCGGCCCUGGAGCCCUGCUCAAAGAUGCCAAGUGGAGCGCAGCCAUGAACACCACCCCUCGUCAUAUCGUUACUGUAGUAGAGAGGAUAGACCAGCAGACCACGUCCAGGGAAAGAGUCUGUCUACAGGACACCAUGUGCGUGUUUGGGACAGCAAAGAGCAGCCGUACAAGACCCAGAGCUGGCACUAUGACUCCACACGCUCCUUCCGCAGCAGUUAUCCUCCAGGGCCAGGAGAGCACUACACAAACUGGAACAGCUACUAUUUGCCUCCUCAUCGUAACAGAGAUCUAUCAUCACCGCCGGAUAGAUUUGGCCCAUCAGAGUGUAGGAGGAGUUAUCCAGGCAGACUGGUAAACAACAGACCAGUACCAUGGAAACGGCCCGCCCUCCACCAGCGCAGAGAGCAGUUUCACCAGCACAGCCCACCUCAACCUUUGUCCCCUCGAGAAGAGUGUCCAAUAAAGAGGAGAAGGGACUCAGAGCAGUCAACUUAUCCUAGCUCAAGACAUUUAACUGCCCACCCUCCAUCACCAUCACGGCAAAACUGGAACAACCACGAAGACUGGAAACCUGUGGGAGAAAGGCCUGGACAUUCUUCAUGUUCCGACCGUCGGCCCUCGACCUCUCUGCAUCAGGAUACUUUAAAACCACAUAGUGGAGGAAAAAGUAACGUAACAUCUUUGAGUCGACCACCGCGACAAGAACCCAGAGGGAAAGAUGAGCGCAGGACCCCGUCUUCACCAGCAGAUCUCACUCGUGUGCCUUAUAGUCACCAAACCUCCCACCAUCAGCGGCACACUCAGCAGCACAACAGCCCCCUGCCCCCGGUGGACGAUAAGGAUUCACACAGUAACCACAAGCAGAGAACAACAUUACAGCACAAGGGAAGUUCCAGGGAUUCAGGUCUCUUGAAGUCCUCCACUGCAGACGCUUCUACUGUUUUAGCCAUGCAUUCCACUGCCAACUGCCCACCCAGCCCAGCUUCACAUCAACGAGAAGGCUCUCCCAUCAAGCACCGCAGCACUCAUCAGAAAGUCCACAGAAGUCCAAUUCACAGUCCCAGAGCCAGUCCCACUGCCACAAGCACAGGCUCACCAGACGACAACAUCAAGACCCCUCAGCACGUCGCGUCCAAACAGUCGUCUCACAAGUCCAGAGAAAAUAAGCCUAAAUUGAAAGACAGUAAACUAAAGGAUAAAAAGAAUCAAACAGCAACCAUACCCCCUGUGUCUCCAAAAAACCCGCUUAAAUUGAAAGCCUUAUCUCUGGGCAUGACCAAGGAGCUCAAGAUCCUUUUGGUUCGAGUCAAGAGCAAUGGACGUCAGACCUACAACGUAUCGGAAGUUGAGGAACAGUGGAUUCCGCUGUCUACAAUCAGCAUUCGCAACACGGCCACAGAACUGAUCAAAGCCUGCAAGGGAGUCAAGGUGCCGGGCAAAUUUAAGGAGUCGUACCUACUCCCGGCUUUUUCCGUCAAGCCCAACAUCGAAGUUCAAAUCCCAAUUCCCAGAGACAAACUCAACCCUCCCACUCCCAGCAUUUAUUUAGAAAGCAAGAGGGAUGCUUUCUCUCCGGUCCUGCUCCAGUUCUGCACUGAUCCUAAGAAUGCUGUGACUGUCAUCAGAGGGUUAGCUGGCUCCCUCCGCCUCAAUCUCGGUUUGUUCUCCACAAAGUCUUUGGUGGAAGCAAACUCGGAGCAUGCGGUGGAGGUGCGGACUCAGGUCCAACAGCCCGCUGAUGAGAACUGGGAUCUGAAAGGUUCCUCGCAGACGUGGCCGUGUGAAAGCAGCCGUUCUCACACCACUAUUGCCAAAUACGCCCAGUACCAGGCCUCCAGCUUCCAGGAGAGUCUAGAGGAUGAGAAAGAGAGUGAAAGUGAAGAAGAAGAUGAAGAAAAGUCAUCUAAAUCAGUCAAAUCAUCUUCAUUAUUAGCAAACAGUAAAAACACCUCAGCCAAAGUCUGUUCUGAAUCUGCAGCUAACAAAGGUGCCCGUAACACCAGCUCAGAGCAGAAACCAGUAGGAAAGGUAAUUAAAUUUGGGACCAACAUUGAUCUCUCUGAUCCUAAAAGAUGGAAGCCACAGCUGCAGGAGCUGUUAAAGUUGCCAGCGUUCAUGAGAGUAGAGUCCAGUAACAACAUGCUGAGUCACGUGGGCCACACCAUCCUGGGCAUGAACACUGUCCAGCUCUACAUGAAGGUGCCAGGAAGCCGAACUCCAGGUCAUCAAGAAAACAACAAUUUUAGUUCGGUCAAUAUCAAUAUUGGACCUGGUGAUUGUGAAUGGUUUGCUGUUCAUGAAAAUUACUGGGGAGCUAUCAACACCUUUUGCGAGAAACAUGGUGUGGACUACCUGACUGGGUCCUGGUGGCCAGUGCUUGAGGACCUCUACAGGUCGAAUAUCCCUGUUUAUCGCUUCAUCCAGAGGCCAGGUGACCUGGUGUGGAUCAAUGCAGGGACAGUCCACUGGGUUCAAGCAGUGGGAUGGUGCAACAACAUUGCCUGGAAUGUGGGUCCACUAAACUCAUACCAGUAUCAGCUGGCUCUGGAGCGCUUUGAGUGGAAUGAGGUGAAGAAAGUAAAAUCAAUCGUCCCAAUGAUCCACGUUUCUUGGAAUGUGGCCCGAACCAUCAAGAUAACCGACCCAGACACCUAUAAGUUGAUCAAACACUGCCUCAUGCAGUCCAUCAAGCACAUCCAAAUUCUAAAAGGCCAGCUGGUGGCUGUCGGGAAGAAAAUCUCAUACCAGAGUCGUGUGAAGGACGAACCUGCUUAUUAUUGCAAUGAGUGUGAUCUCGAGGUAUUUAACUUGCUGUUUGUGACGAGUGAAAGCAGCAGUAAGAAAUCAUAUGUGGUGCAUUGUGAGGACUGUGCCCGCCGGAAGAGUCCGGCCCUCGCAGGAGUUGUGGUGCUGGAACAAUAUCGCAUUGAGGAGCUAAUGAAGACCUACGACACCUUCGCUUUGGCACCGAUGCAGAUCCCAAAGUGA